CAGCCACCGCUGAUCCAGCCCCACAGGACCCCCAGCCCUGCCGAGAUGAAGGUGCUGGUGGCCGCCCUGGUGCUGCUCUGCGCCUGCCACCUCCAGGCCGCUCUGGUGAGGCGCGAGACUCCGGAUGAGGAGGCUGUCCCUGCGGCCAUCGAUGACUUCUUCAGCCGCUAUUUCCUGUCUCUCUCCAACUUCAUGACCAAAGACCUGCCGCAGAAGCUGCAGGCAAAGGAGCUGCACAGCCAGGCUGAGGCCUACCUGGACCGGGCUAACAAGCAGCUGGCCCCACUGGCCCAGGAGCUGCAGAGCAACGUCCUCAGCCUCUUCUUACCACUGCUGGACCUGGGCAAGGGUGAGGGGCAGCCCUGAGCCCUGCCACGGCAACCCCCAUACCCCUGUGACAAUAAAGUCUUGGAGCUGCC